CUUGACUUUUUACUAUUUCAACUAUUUUUAAUUCUUUUAACCUUCUUAUUUUUUUGUUACAGUCCGUUUUUCAAUGUCUACUUUGCGACAAACGGAUAUCCGACAAAAGCUUCAGUUCACAGUAAUUUUAUGGCCUUAGUAAUAUGUACCCCGCAUCAUGGGAAAAGAAAAAGCAAAGAUAAAUCUGCCAGGCAGUCCAAUAUCUACCUAGGCUCCAGACUUAGAAGCAGGCUGUGAGCCUCAUAACCUAAGCAGGACCUAGGGCAACUGCAUGAGCCCUGUUUCGUAAAGCGUUAUUAUUGCCGUUACCAAUUACGAUGAAGAUCACCCAGCAUUGCUUACAGGAGCUGAUGCCAAGCAUCCAACUCUGGUCAAGUCCAAAUAUCAGUCAACACAAGCUGCACAAGUCCUAGAAAACCACCAAGGCACAUGCUCACAACCCUUGUCGGUGCCUUACAAUAGACAAGUCAUACUGGACUAGCAUUCACACCCUGAUAAGCAGGGGGAAUAAUACCUAGGCAGCUAGGACUUGAAGUUUUACAAUAUAUAACGACCCACCAUGGAUCUACUCACUCGACAAGACCAUCAUGUUGAUCAGACUCUCCAAUCUCUCCAAAUGGCUAUUGCCAACCACUUUUCUCCUCUUCGAGACCAUGAGAUCCGGUUAAUCGACAUUAAGCCCGGGAAGCCAUCUGAUAGUCUUUGCCUAAGGCUAUACCAUGCUACUCUAGGCAGGCCUACUUCCCCCCAUUUCGAAGCCUUAUCAUAUGUGUGGGGAUCGCCAGCCGAGCCUAUCAAAAUAGUCGUAGAAGUUGUAUUGCCAGAUUCUACCCUUCGCAAUGACGAAUUCCCCAUCGGCCGGAAUUUAGCUGCAGCCUUACAACACUUACGUUAUGUUGACGUACCAAGAACUAUCUGGGCAGACGCGAUCUGUAUAAACCAGGAGGACUACGACGAGCGGGCGAAGCAGGUUCUGAUGAUGCAUGAUAUCUAUCACCUCGCUCGGAAAGUCGUCGCCUUUCUUGGCCCAGAACAGGAUGACAGUGAUGCUGCGUUCGAAGUUCUUGAGCGAAUUGGAGGCAAAGUCGAGGUAGACUUUAGCUCUGGCAUCGUGACACCUUUGUCUAGUUCCGUCGAACCCGAAUGGGUUGAUAUGAAACAACAAUUGCAUCUUGAAAAGAGAGAGGCCGUAUCCUUAUACAACCUCAUACGCCAGGAAUGGUUUGAGAGGCUUUGGAUACGACAAGAGAUCGGUCUUGGCGAACAUGAAGGAGUACUCCAGUGUGGCCGCAAGCAAGUCCAGUGGCGAGUAUUCUGCAAGGCAAUUUUCGUUAUUUUUCGGAAGCCCCUAGUAGUAGAUGGAUUUGACGUGGCGGAAUGGCAAAACUUCCAGAGGUGCCUCGGCCAAGCUGACACUGUCGCACUCUACUCAAAAAGGAGAUUCCGAUUCUCGAACCUCCGCCGGCAGAUUAGAACAUCCAAGUGCUCCGACCCGCGAGACCGGAUCUACGGUAUCAUGGGACAACUUCGCGAGUCAGAUCAAAUCACUUUCAUGCCAGACUAUACUAAGAGCGUCGUCGAGAUAUACACGGACGUAACUAAGAAAUACAUCCAGCAUUUUAACAUGCUUGAAAUUCUGAACCAGUGCGAGUUACGUCCAUCCAAUCUUUCCCUCAAGCUGCCCAGCUGGGUUCCAGAUUGGUCCAGUAAUUUAUUGUCCUCGCAAGUCCACGCGGUGUUACCUGCAAUUUUCGACCUUCUACCUACUGUUGCCACCAUUGACGACCGUCUCCUCCGAGCCCACGGUAUCCCUUGCGGCACUGUCUCUCAGGUCUUACACAAAUACGAAUUACAAGAAGAUGCCAAUCCUACCGAGAUCAUUCAGGCACUAAAGAAGUUAUUGUCUGAAGCCGAGAAGAUGUCACUUCACGAAAAUGGAGAAACCCGCGAACAUAUCCUGGAAGCAUAUACCCAUGCGCUAUGGGUCGGCAAUUUUGGUGAUCGAUGGUAUCCACCUGUACCUCACGAACCCUUCUACGACAACUGUCUCUCUAUAGUACGCUCUCUCCUUAAUUGCGACUCGUUAGAACAGCCAUUCUUGCAAGAAGAAAAUUCGAAGAGGGGCCUCGGCCGCGCACAUGAUACCUGCACCAACCGUGCCCUCUUCAUCACCGAGGAUGGCCAUAUCGGACUCGGCCCAGCCUCAAUUUCUGCAGGUGACGAACUAGGCCUUAUUUUCAGCUGCUCCAAACCAAUCGCGUUGCGCCCGUCCUCUAAAACGCCUCACGGCGAAGCUACGGAGUACAAGGUGGUGGGCGAGUGCUACCUAGAUCGCAGAAUGCUUGGCGAGGCUCUUCUCGGCGAAUUGCCGAGAUAUCUCUCCAGACUUCUAAAUCCAGACAACGUAACGAAACCGGGGAAUUGGGGCUUUAUCGACACACGGACAAACACAAUUCUUCUAGAAGACCCAAGGAUCGAGCCUUUUCUAGCGGGGUUGGUGGAGAAGGGGCUAUUACCGGAUCCAUCAAUAGAAAAGCUCGAGAAAAGGGAAGUUUUCGAUGUUUUGGUGAAGGCUGGCUAUCCUUUGAAGAUUUAUAACUUGGUAUAGAGUGUAGGGGUAUUUAAUACUACUUUUGAGUAUUAGGUAAGCCAUCCGAUGAUUUAUAUCUACUACCCCUAUAUCAUAAGAACGGUGAUUCAUUGCAUAACUUGGAGAGAUUUAAUCAAAAAUUAUGGAAUCAUACUUACAC